UAAUUGUGGCAAAUAGAAGGUGACACCUACCAGAACCUAGUUCUUUUUUGCUUUCAUUAACGCCCGCCAUGACAUUUUACAGGUUUUUUUAAUUUAUAUCAAACUCGAAACAAAAAUUCGCAAUAAUAUGUCACGCACUUUGAAAAUAAAAUUAAUGUAACCGAUCUACCAGAUUACGUAUUGAUACGACAAAUUUUUAAGUAAAACAUUUCUUGGCGGGAAAUUCAAACGCACAAAAUGCACGGCACGGAAAUCACCAACAAAUUGAUCGUAAGAAAAGCGGCAGCUGGCCCGUCAAUUAACAAUCUACUUGCCCCGGUAAGGAAGCUAUCCGAUUCCGAGAAGAAUUUUCUAGCGAGCCGCACGGACGCCGAUGCCGAACGCCCUAAAACCAAAGAAGCGGAAACCGAAAUUCAAAUCGAUGGAAGAAUCGUACUCGUAUCCCGCAUCAUAUCGCCUCGCGAGACGGUCUCAGUGGCGUACACGGAAGACUUCGAGUAUUUGGCGGGAGGUUACGCGGACGGCAUCAUCCGAAUGUACAGGAGCGACAACAGCGAACCCUCGCACAAACUGGUCGACCCGGAAGUGACCAGAUCGCCGGUGACGUGCAUAAAACACAGGCCCACUUCGAAAAGCUACCCCAUCUCCAACACCCUAACCUGCACAUACACUAAUGGCUGCGUAAAGUGCUGGAAUUAUAAUUUUAACCAGUGCGUAUAUACGAUACGGGAAAAAAGGCAGACUUACGGUUUGACUUACCAUCCUAGAUUACCGAAGUUUGUUACGUAUGGGGACGAUAUGAAUAUUUACAUGUACGACGAGGAGACUAGAACGCAAGAAAGAACAUUAACGAAAAGUGACAAUCCGAAUGCUCACGACGGCCAUACGUCGCGAAUAUACGCGGCCUGUUUCAAUCCGAGAUCCAAUCACGAGGUGUGCACAGGUGGUUGGGACAAUGUGGUUCAGUUUUGGGAUCUUAGGCAACCCCACGCCAUCAGGCAUAUAGGCGGGGUUCACAUAUGCGGCGAAGGCAUCGAUAUCAACCAAAAAGGAACAGAGCUCAUUACAUGCGCCUUUCAAAAAGACAAGAGUAUUCAACAUUGGGAUUACCCUUCUGGGAAGCUUAUAAAAAAUGUGGAACCGGACAUACAUCAGUCGAAGCUGUACUGUGGAAAAUACGUGGGUAAAGACUUUUUUGUAUGCGGAGGAACCGACCCGAACAUUUUACGAUUUUUCGACAUAGGAAUGGGUUUUACUAAAUGUUUAGUUCAAGAUUUGCCGACUGCCGUAUACGGCUUGGACCUCGGUCCACCGCCAAAGAUAAAUCCUGCAAAUAGAAACGCCCCCAUACAAAAAAACGAGUUAACUGGCGUGCCGAAAAUCGCAGUGGCUGCCGGAAAGGGUUUGUUUCAAUUUGAGCCAAAAUAAAAUGUAGAAGUUUUUUGAAAUGCGUUAAAUUAAAAGCUGUUGUUAAAAAAAAUCAUUUUUAUUUCUAUAUGGGCUUUUUUUCAUAACAAACGGACAUGUCUACGAUU